CAUCCAUGAGGGCCUCCUGCCUUCCUGCCCCUCUCUCUUCCCCUCAUUCCUCCAUGUGCCCCCCUCUGCCUCGCCCCUGGGCUGGCCAUGUUCUGCCACCAGACCCACGUGUCACUUUCUUCCAGUCGGCAGUCCCACAAGUGUCAGGUGCCAGGCCUGGGCAGGCUCUGGGCAGCCACAGGGAGGCUGACCGCAAUCCCCUGGAGCUCACCCCAGUCUCUCCACACAGAAGCCCCUCAGUUCCAGUCUCCCUCCAAGCGCCCUCCCUGUGCUCUUUCUCCAAGGCAAAAUCCACCAGGAACCCAUAGCUCUGUCUUUCUCACCCACUGGACUUCUUGCUCUUCCAGAUUACACCGAAGCAACUGCUUUUCGGCCACACUGCCCCCGUGACGUGUUUGGCAAAGGCCAGAGAUUUUGAGAAGCAGCCGUAUGUGGUCAGUGCUGCUGAGAACGGGUCAGUUGCUUUGCACUCCCCAUGUGCCCACCUUUCUCCCCAUUGUAGUGACAAAAAGAGUGGCAGAGAAAUGUGCGUUUGGGACAUCACCUGCGGGGAGUGUGUGGAGGACACCCGCCUUCCCUUCUGCCACACCGCCAUCUGCCUCCUUCCGCAUGACGGGUGAAGGCUGGCUCCUGUGUUGUGGGCAGUAUGACAACAUCCUCAUCCUGGAUGCCAAGACGCUGGCCGUCCUCCAUGCCUUGACUUCUUCCCACACACCAGACUGGGUCAGCUGCAUGUGCCUGGUCCACUCCCCCCGGAUCCAGGAGGACUCCUUGAUCGCUGUCUCGGCCACUGGAGUCCUGAGCGCCUGGGACCUCUCCUCUUCCAUCACCAAGAUCCAGGAGGGGCAGAGGGUCGACGAAAGGGAGUCCACAGCACUGGGUUGCUCCUCCUGCCAGGCCAUCCGCUUUUGCACCUACACUGAACGGUUUCUCCUGGUGAUCUUCUCCACCUGCUGGAAGGUGUAUGAUUACUGUGACUUUUCCCUGCUGUGGACCGAAUGGAGUCCCAGGGGCCAAAGCUUUGCUGGGGGUGAUGUCCUGGCUGCUCACCGGCUGAUCGUCUGGACGGAUGGUGGGCAUGGAUACAUCUACCAGCUGCUGAACAGCGGCCUUUCCCGGAGCAUCCAGCAGCCGUCCGGGGGAGGAGUCCUCAAAGAGACAGUUUACCCUCUUUUACUCUCCUCUAUUGAUGUAGAAGAUGAGAAGCAGAGUUUCUCUUACAUGAUGGGCUUCAUGAAUGAGAGAAAAGACCCCUUUUAUAAGAUCCUUUACUCUGGAGACGCUUCCGGGAGAAUCACAUUGUGGCACAUUCCUGACGUCCCAGUUUCAACUCUAGACGGUUCUCCGAAAGAGAUCCCAAGAGUAGCAUCCUCCACCCUGCAGGAGUCCUUCGACGCUCACCAUCUGCUCAUGGCAGAAGGGUUCUGGGGCCGCCUCUGGGGCAAAGCGGACACUACUCCCACCACCACAUUCACCCUGUACAUCCCUAGCCUCGAUAUGCUGGUGUGUGGCUGUGAAGAUGGCAGGAUUGUGGUUCUGCCAGCUCUGGCUGCUGCCAAGGUCUGCCUCUUGGAGGAUCCAUCCUUCCGGAAAGAUACCUUGCCCUACAGGACGCUCAGCGGCCACAGCAGUGGGGUAACAGCAUUGCUGUACCCACAUGGCCGAUCGGCUCAGUUUGACCCCAGCUGGCUGCUCUCCGGGAGCCAGGACUCCCAUGUCAUCUGGUGGGACAUGUUCACUGGGGAGAAGCUGCACGACUUCUCCUUGCAUGCUGGUCGCAUCACAGAUAUGCUGCUCUCCUCAGAGAAUUACCAAUUUAAGAGCCACCGGCUUGUCUGCUGCCUGUGUGGCGACCACUCCGUGGUGCUUCUGCAUAUCCAGGCCCGGAGGUGCCUCUUGGAGGCCAGGAAACAUCUCUUCCCAGUGAAGACACUGCGGUGGCACCCUGUGGAAAACCUCCUGGUUGUUGGCUGUGAAAACGGCUCCAUUUAUAUUUGGGAUAUUGAGACAGGAGUUCUGGAGCGCCAUGAGAGCGGUGAGAUGGCCAAGGCGAUCCUGGCUUCCUGCGAAGAGUCGGCCAUUGCCACCAUGGCUGACCCCUUGCUCCGGGUGUUUGAAGAAGACGGUUGUGACCAGCACUUUGGGGGCAUACCAGCCUCCUGCUUCACCUCCUUCUAUUCCGGCUCCUGUAAACUUGGAUCCCCCACUUCCUCCAGUGGCCUUCCUUCGCAAGCAAAGUCCUCUUGUCUCUGGCAACCCUCCACCUGCCCUGGCCAAAGGCCGUUUACCAUCCUACCAGUGAAGACGAAAUGGGAGAAGGCAAACUUCCACAUCCUUCUGUUUGAUCUGGAGAAACUGGCAGAGUGGCUGCGAUCCCCUCCGCUCAACAACCUGAGGUCCUCCAACUCCUUCCACAGCUAUGGGGAUCUAAAGAGAGCUAAAAGCUCUGCAACAGAGAAGAGGACGCUGGUGCUAAGGAGGAACCGGACCUCCAGGUCCCUCUUCCCACCAGGUGGGCCGGCCAGGGAGGCUGGGGAUGCACAGGCCUUUGGGGAGAGCCAUGCUGGCGCUGCCCCCAUGACUCGGCCCCUGGACCAAAGCGGGAGCGGCAUCAAAAGGCACAAGAAGCCCAAGAGCUCAAAGAAGGCGAAGCGGCAGUCCUCUGGAAAGAGCAAUGUGCCAGUGGCCACAGAGGUGGGCAAGCUGCUCCUGUCGUGCCUCUUGCCCUGGGGAAUGGACGGGGAGCAGGACGAGCUCUGCAUGCGGUGCCUAGACAUCUGGAGGCUUCUCUCCCCAGUCUCCCUUGGACAGAUUUCGAGAGACAGCCAUCUCUCUCUGGCACUGCCAGGAAAGAGGAAGGCGGUUCUUCCCUGGACGGUGAAACCUGAAGGGAGGAACUUGUUUUCCAGCAAAGUGCUGGACUUGUGUGAUAAGUAUAUGAGCAUCACUCAAGAACAACAAGCCAGACAGAGCAGCAGAAGCACCAAGAGCAGCUCUGAAAGAUCCCCAACUCUGGUUUAUUUGCUGAGCAGGAUAUGUUUAGUCCAGAGGAUUCUGAGGAUGCCUCAAGAAAAUAUUGGUCCACAGAAACCAGAGCCUUCCCGCCCCAAAUGGCGUCCUGCCCCUUCUACUGGGGUCCCCAGUCUUCAACAGGAGCCUGCCAAAUGUGGCAGAGGCCAUGCAAGCGGCUCUACUGGCAGAGGUCCAGUGGGGCAUGAGGAGCCGGCGGAAGUCGCUGGCCAACGGCCAUGGGCAAAUGGGCACCACUGCCAGGGAAGUGUCUGGCCAUGGCCAGCCAGAGAGAAGGAAGAGCCCUCCUGUGCUGGGGUCCAGUGCCAUGGACAAGGGCAAGGGCAGGGGCAUCCUGAUCUCUGCUGGCUUCCUAGAGGCAGAAGAGGUGCCAGCAGCUGCCCAGCGGGGCAGCUUGGAGGAUUCGAAUUACCCAGAGGAGAAGAAGCCUCUGCCCUGGAUAGCCAAGGUGUGUUCCUGCAAAGUGUGCUAGAUUCCUGCCUGGGAAAAGGAGGCUUUGGCCCUCUCUGGCCAGCCCUCCUCAGGCCCUUCUUCCACAGCAGCGCUUGCCAAGCAUUUUCCCUUCUGCUUCCCUUCCUUGCCUCAGUGGACCAAAGACCUCAGACCCUAAGGAAGAAAUGCCCUGCAAUAAAAAGACACAAGAAGAGGACUGGAACCACAGAUCUGCCCUGGUUGCCAAAGCCCUCUGCCAGUGGUCAGCUGAGGGUCCUGGCAGUGCGAAUGGAAAGAGAGAGAGAGAGGAGACCCUUCCCACUUUGAUUCUGCCUCCAUGCAUGAUGGCAAUAUGCUGCUGUCGGGUUUUAUAGAGUCAUGGAAUCAUAACAGUUUGGAAGGUCCCUCAGAAGCCUUCACUCCUCCCUGGGGUCCCUUGCCAUGAUGGAAGACUACCUUGGACUGGGGCAGCGGGGCUGGAGGGCAGGGGCAGCUGUGGAGGGGGGGUCUUUUGGGCACCUCCCAAAGGAGCAGACUCCUGAUGCCCACCCCAGCCCCAGGUCUGGGAAAACUGGGAAUCUUAAUUUACAGGAUUUCACCAUUUGAUGGCCUUCUUUAAGACAUUACAAGUGAUUAAAAGGAGCUAAAUGUAGUCUUUAAAGCUACUCAUGCAUUCUUAAUGGGCAGCCUGUUAAUCGAGGUCUAGGUCAUGAAUUUGAAUGCUCUUCACUAAACACCUCUCUGGCAAAGAAAGCCAAUUUCCCUUCAGGGCAAACAGGAAUUCGUUAAUUGUAAUUAAAUUAAACAUCUGUGACUAACUGGAAAUCCCAAUUUACCUCCUGUGCAACUGCCAAUGGCUAGUUGGCCCUCCUGGCCAUUUUUUGGUUCUGGUGGGACAGUUUGGCCAGAGGGUAGUGGCCCCCAGGAGGGAGUAUCUAGGGCAGGGGUAGGC